CGUGGCCGCCCGACCGGAGAAUACCCCCGCGGCGGAGGCGCACGCCAACGGUGGAAUCCAAGCCAGAAAAUCCCUUUCUUCUCCCGCUCUGCCUCCACCCCCGCAUCUCUCUCCCUCCGCCGUGCCGGUUCCCCCUCCCUCCCCCUCCUUCCUUGCGUGCCGCCUCCACUUCCACUGUUCUUCCAUCCACCCCACCCCACACCACCUUCUCACACCCGAUUAUUCUAUUCCAUUUCGCGAGCGAACCUUUACAGCCACAACCUUGCGGCGGGUGUGAGAGAAUCCGCCACAUAAUUGAAGCGGCUUCGGCUGCAGCGGCAUCCGAUCAAUCAUACACCGUGGGGGGAGUUGGGAGCGAGCUUCGCGGCGCGUGGUAGGGCGAUGGAGGCGUGCUGCUGCUCGUCGUCGUCGGUGCCGUCCGCGUCCAUCCUCGCCACGGGCGCCGGCCUCCGCCGCCGGUUCUCCCCUGCGGGGGCCGGCGGGGGUGGGAGGGCGGUGGCGGUUGCGGCAGGGCGACCGAUCCGCGCGUCCGCGGCUCUGCUGGCCGCGCCCGCGCCGCGGCGGCGCGGGGGCGUCGUCGUGAGGGCGGUGUUCGAGCGGUUCACGGAGCGGGCGGUGAAGGCGGUGGUGUUCUCGCAGCGGGAGGCGCGCGGGAUGGGGGACGAGACGGUGGCGCCGCACCACCUGCUGCUGGGCCUCGUCGCGGAGGACCGGUCGCCGCUGGGGUUCCUCGCCUCGGGCGUCCGCGUCGAGCGCGCCCGCGAGGCGUGCCGCGCCGCCGUGGGCAAGGAAGGGCUCGCGCAGGCGCCGGUCGGGCUGGCCACGGACGUGCCCUUCUCGGGGGCCAGCAAGCGCGUCUUCGAGGCCGCCGUGGAGUUCUCCAGGAACAUGGGAUGCAACUUCAUCUCGCCGGAGCACAUUGCGCUCGGCCUCUUCAACCUGAACGAUCCCACCACGAACAACGUCCUUAAGAGCUUAGGAGUAGAUUCAAGUCAGCUAGCAAAGCAGGCACUUACCCGAGUCCAAGGGGAGCUUGCAAAGGAUGGAAGAGAGCCUGUCGGAUUAUCUUCUUUUAAAGUGCGUGAGAAAUUUACUCCUGGAGGUGGGAAGUCUGCAAUUGUCAAAUACUCGAAUAAAAAUAAAGAGAAGAGUGCACUGGCUCUAUUUUGUCUAGACUUGACCAUGCGAGCCAGUGGAGGAUUGAUUGAUCCUGUUAUUGGUCGCAAGGAUGAGAUUGAAAGAGUAGUUCAGAUUAUAUGCCGCCGCACGAAAAACAAUCCAAUUCUUUUGGGCGAAGCAGGUGUUGGUAAGACUGCCAUUGCUGAGGGUUUGGCCCAUAAAAUUGCCAAUGGAGAUGUUCCUAUUUUCCUCGUGGGAAAGCGUAUAUUAUCAUUGGAUGUUGCUCUACUAAUGGCUGGUGCUAAAGAGAGGGGUGAACUGGAAGCCAGAGUUACUAGUUUAAUACGUGAAGUGCGCAAAGCAGGUGAUGUUAUACUGUUCAUUGAUGAAGUCCAUACUCUUAUUGGGUCUGGGAUUGCUGGAAGAGGAAGCAAAGGAGCUGGUCUUGAUAUUGCGAAUUUGCUGAAGCCUGCACUGGCUAGAGGAGAAUUGCAGUGUAUUGCAUCUACAACUCUGGAUGAACACCGAUUGCAUUUUGAUAAGGAUAAGGCUUUGGCUCGCCGAUUUCAGCCUGUUUUGGUGAAUGAGCCUAGCCAGGAGGAUGCUGUGAAGAUAUUACUUGGUCUGCGUGAGAAGUAUGAGACCUAUCACAAAUGCAAAUACACUUUGGAAAGCAUCAAUGCAGCAGUUUAUUUGUCAGCAAGAUAUAUUGCUGACAGACAUCUUCCCGAUAAGGCCAUUGAUCUAAUUGAUGAAGCUGGCAGUAGAGCUAGGAUGGAAUCAUUUAAAAGGAAGAAGGAGGAACAAUGCUCUAUUCUCUCAAAAUCACCAGAUGAGUACUGGCAAGAGAUUAGAGCUGUCCAGAACAUGCAUGAAGUGGCACUGACUAACAAGGUAAAAUAUUCUCUAAAUCAGAAUGACCAAGAGGAUGCUGUUGAUAUUGAACUCGUGGGUGAGGACAAAACAAGUCCAGCAUCUAUGCUAUCAACUUCAACUGAUAAACCAUCUCUGGUUGGAUCAGAGGAAAUUGCAAGAGUCACAUCAUUGUGGUCAGGCAUACCAGUUCAGCAGUUGACUGCAGAUGAAAGAAAGCUUCUAGUAGGACUGGAUGAUGAACUCAGGAAACGUGUCAUAGGUCAAGACGAUGCUGUUCUAGCCAUAUCUAAAGCUGUGAAGAGAUCGCGUGUUGGCCUCAAUGACCCUGACAGACCUAUUGCUACACUAAUUUUCUGUGGCCCAACAGGUGUUGGAAAAACUGAGCUCACGAAAGCUCUAGCAGCAAGUUAUUUUGGAUCUGAAUCAGCUACUGUUAGGUUAGAUAUGAGUGAGUAUAUGGAGCGGCAUGCUGUGAGCAAGUUGAUAGGCUCUCCUCCAGGAUACAUGGGAUUUGGUGAAGGUGGUACUUUGACUGAAGCAGUCAGGAGAAAACCAUUCACUGUGGUGUUGCUUGAUGAAAUAGAGAAAGCUCAUCCUGAUAUUUUCAAUAUUCUUCUUCAAAUAUUCGAAGACGGUCAUUUGACUGAUUCACAGGGCCGGAGGGUUUCCUUCAAGAAUACAUUAAUUGUGAUGACAUCAAAUGUUGGUUCCACAUCAAUUUCUAAUGGAAAGAGGAGCAUAGGUUUCCAGACACAAACUGAUACUGAAGAAAAGUCAUAUGCUGCAAUGAAAUCUUUGAUGCUGGCUAUUCUCAAUAUAAUGCUGCAAGAGGUGAAGGGUAGGAUUUUAGCCCUUGGGAUUGGCCUAGAGGUGUCUGAUUCCAUGAAGGACCUGAUUUCUCAGCAUGGGUACGACAAGAGCUACGGUGCACGGCCACUAAGAAGAGCCGUCACUCAGCUGGUUGAGGAUGUUAUCAGCGAAGCAAUUCUGUCUGGUCAGUUCAAGCCUGGUGACACCAUAAUGGUGGACACUGAUGCCACGGGGAAACCUUGCUUGAGCCGACUGAAUGAUCAGACCGUCCAAUUAUCCGAUCCGACACCAACACUUUGAAGGUUCAAACACCCUAUGUAUAUUCGUGAUUUACUCAUUUAUUCUUCCACACCGAUAAGCAAGCUUCUUGUGCAUGCAUAGGUUCCAUAGUUCAUGUACAUAGCCUCCACAUGCUGGAAUUUCUCCAUGCAUAUAAUGUAAAUUUGAAUCUAACAUCAACUGUACAUAUCAUUGAAUUUCAAAAGGUACUUGAACCAUUUACAUGAUUAGAUGGUCCAAUACGCAUCCA